AUGUAUGUGCAUCAUUAGCCCUAAGAAACAUUUGGUUGAAAACCUUUUGCUUGAAAGUUGAAACCUCAAACCUUCGUCAAAUCGCCCUUAAAGAAUGGGGAAGAGAAAAGAGCGUCGGCUCGCCGCCAUGAACGCCACCGGUCGCAGAGUAAAGCUCGAUCUCUUCGCAGAACCCUCUGGAGAUUUGGGUGGCUCUUCCCAAGAUGUAGUCAGUGGGCAGCUAGAUUCCAAUAAUCAUGCUGAGUUACCCAAUUCACCAUCACCUUCAGGUGGGUUCUGUCAGCUUUCUUCAAAAGGACAUCUUUGUAGAGAAGACAUGAUGUGACAGCAUAAUAUUGGUGGAAAUUAUUGCUUUUAUUUGUAUAACACAUGUUCGUUCUACAAAAGGGUAUGUUUUCAGUCUAUAACCAGGCUGUGGUAUUGGGAACAAUCAAUUGGCCAUCAGUAUACAUCAGUGCCUUGCCACAGUGAAUAUUGAAUAACUUCUUACCUUUCUUGUCCUUCUUUUGCGGCAUCAAAGGCUUGUGGAGAUUAAGUGAAGAGUAUUUUCUCCUCUCGGUUCGUCAUCAGCCACAAAAUCCUCUUAUGUUGCUAGGGCAGUAUAGUGAUGAUGAAUUGGAUGAGGAUUCAAGUGAAGGUCCUUUAGGUGAAGGCUCAGAGGACUCUGUGGUUGCUCAUGAUGAACAGGGAAAAGUAUCCUCUAGAGAAGAAAGGAAAGAUGCCAAUGGUGUUAUCAGCUCUGCACAUAUGGAUGGUGGAGAUGAAGCAAACCAAAACAACUUCGCUUCUGAGAACAUUUUGCAGACAUCAGAAGAGUGUGAGCAUAAAGAAAGCACUGCAGUUUACCCUGUUGAAAGUAGUUCAAAAGAAAUGGAUGAACUGUGUCAAAGUACUGCCCCUGCAACAUUUGAUGCGAAAACUGUAGGUGAUGUAUUUUUGGGUUGGAAGGUUCUUUUAGACGAAGAGAGCAAUCAGUACUAUUAUUGGAAUGUUUCAACUGGAGAAACAUCCUGGGAAGUGCCCAGCGUUUUAUUUCCAAAAACUGAUUUGGGGAAUGAUGAGAAAGCAACAUAUGACAUUGAUUCGGAGGAUACUAGGUUUAAAACAUAUGAAUAUCAUGCAAGUUUGAAUACAAAACUGGAAGUUUCUAACCCUGGAGACACAUGUGAUGGCCCUAAUGACGAGUACAAGAUGGACAUGAAUAAUGAAGCAAGCAAAUAUAGUGCUCUACAAGAGAAAAGAGUGGAUGGUGAUGCAGACCCAAGCGACAUGGAAAAAAUGGCCAGACAACAUGAUUCUCUUCAUGAUCUUUCUUCUCCUGUGGGUGCUUUGUUGAAACAAUCAGGGGAUGAUCUUCCAUAUCAUUUACGUAAGUCGGGUGAAGAUGCUGAGAAGCAUGGAGAUGUGGUGAGUGCUGUAGAAAUUGAAAUGGAGGCAGAUUUCUCCUCUAACCUUGUGGAGCAUUGUAAAUCUCUAUUACAUAAAUUGAAGACAAUGCAAGGGUCUCAAAAGUCUUCACAAGGUUAUGAUCAAAUAUCAAACUACAUGGUAGAAGUUGAUAUCAGGCUUGCUGAUAUUAGGUCUUUAGCAUGUAAUGGACUGUCCUUGCUUCCAUUUUGGGUGCACUCCGAAAAACGGCUCAAACUGCUGCAAGCAGCCAUUGAUGAAAUUUCUGUGCUGUCUAAUUCCUUAAAUAGCUGUGAAGCCAAUGCUUUACAUACUUCACACCAUGAGACUAUUGAUGAAAUCAAAGCGAAUGAAAAUGGAAAGAUUUCCAUCCACCAUUCCUGUAGGGAGUUAUAUGCUGUUGAGUAUGCUGGAAGUCCAGAAAGCAGAAAAGAUGCCCACGUUGAAGCUUCAAAUGGUGGUGCCACUACUAAUUCUGGGAGCAAUUCCUAUGAAGAAGGUGAAUUUGUUGAACAUGCAGCACAUGAAGAGUUGACUACUAAAACAGUGCAUCCGGGGGAAGAAGUUGAUAUGGACGUUGAUAUGGAAGUUGAAGAUGUACCUCCUUGUGAUUCAACUAUUGCGAAUUCAUCACUUGGCCAGAAUUAUCUAGCACAUGAGAAGGAUGUAGCACGAGUCUUACCAUCAAAUGAGGGAUCAUCUUUUAUGGAGCUUGCAUCUAUUGUUCCACCACCUCCACCCGAUGACGACUGGGUUCCUCCUCCUCCCCCUGAUGACGAGCCAAUUCCCCCCCCACCACCUGAUGAGCCUCCUGAAGCGACAUUUUCUCAUCCUUGUGAUUUGCAGUCUGUACAACCUUUUCCUUAUGCGGUAUCUUAUCCAGUUUCUGAAUAUGGAUACUAUAACCAAAUGGACAAUGCAUCAAGUAACUUAUACUCACAUGCUGCGGGUCAGGUAGCUGUUUCACAUCAACAUCUGUAUUACCAAGCAGUGGCAAAUGCAUACAGUUCUGAUCCGAUGGAGGCUAACAUUGUUAACCCUGGUGCAUAUUAUGGUUUUCAAGGGGGGUCAGAACACUAUGCCCCUGUUUCUGUGGCUGCAGAUUCAUCUGUACAUCCCAGUGGAUCUAUUCAUGAAGCUCUUCCUGGUCCAACUGAAUCACUUGGCACUCAUAUUGAGAAUAGCUCUGUUUUGCCAAAUCAAAACAAAUGUGAUGAUGUUUCUAAUGUUGGGCUUAUUGGGAUCUCUUUAAACGUCCCUGCUGGUCAAGCAACCCUCCAAGACUCAAGCACUGUUAUUGCACCAGAGAAUAUCGUGAUCUCUUCAACUUCUUCUAUCACUGCACCUUCUAACUCUGUGACAACAGCUUCUGGUGCCCCAUCCAAAGUUUAUCGCAAUAAAAAGCGCACUGUUGCCGUAGGCUCGACAUUAAGGUCGAAUAAGAAGGUCUCCAAUAUGGUUGACAAGUGGAAGGCUGCCAAAGAAGAGCUGCAUGCAGAGGAAGAGGAACCUGCAAGUGCCUAUGAAAAAUUAGAAAAGAAACGAACCCGUGAAAUAGAGGAAUGGCGAGCAAAGCAAAUCGCCAGUGGGGAAGCAAAAGACAAUGCUAACUUUCAGCCACUGGGUGGUGAUUGGCGGGAGCGCGUGAAGCGAAAAAAAUCUGAGAAGUUGAAAGAGGCUGAACCGGGGCCUUCUUCUACUGAUGGUACUGGAGAAAAUCAACAGCCUGAUCUUAAUGCACUCUCGAAAGGUCUUCCGGCGGGGUGGCAGGUUUACUGGGACGAGUCCUCGAAGCAGGUGUACUAUGGAAAUGUUGUAACAACGGAAACAACCUGGACUAGACCAACUAACUGAGUGUCUCUGAUGUCAAUUUUGAUUUUAGUUCAGGAAUUCAAUCAGAUCCAUAUCUUGUAAAUAGCAGAUAAAGAUUACACGUAACACCAGAGAUUGCUUAUAAAAUCUCUUCCCUGUUCUCACACUACGUUUCCUCAUUCCAUUGUCUAAUUUGAAUCAGAUCCAGUUUCAGCAUUUUUAAGCUGUUUCACUUUAUGUACG